AUGGCACCAACGUUUAAUGAAAAACCAGGAGACCUGAUCGAGAUCUUCCUUUGGGGCUAUCAGCACUGGGCCGUCUACAUCGGAGAGAAUGAAGUGGUUACGUUCGUUAAAGAUGUUAGUCCGUCAUCUGGCUCGUUUGAGGGUCUGAGCAGCAGAGGAGAGGUGAAGCUUGAGAAGCUCACCGACGUGGUCGGAAAUGACCGUUGCCAGGUCAACAAUCUGCUGGAUGAAGAGUACAAGGCUCGUAAGCCUUCCAUCAUAGUGGAGGUGGCCCGUCGGAUGGAGGGCGACGAGCCAGAAUACGACCUUGUCACUUACAACAGCAAGCACUUUGCUAUCGAGAUGCGAUACGGCAAGGCAGAGUCUCGUCAGGUGUGUAUCUAA